AUAAAAAACGGAUUACCAAUUAUUAGUCGACUCAAAAUUUGAAAAAAUGACUAUUUUAACAAAACCAUCGAAUGAAAAAACGGCUGAAAAGGUUCCUCUACCAUUGACGUUGGGUGGACACGAUAAUGCACCAUCAUUCCGAGGAGGCGUGACACCUGAAACUCUUUUGAGCCAAUCGCCCUACCAUCGAUACGUUGAUGGCGAACCUAUGAUUUGCAAUCGCCCGCCUGGAUCGUGCAGGAAGUCAGUGUUGUUAUUCCUCAUCACUGUUGUGGUCAUUGUGAUCGGCCUUCUUGGCGGAUACACCCUGUAUCGCACAUAUUCAUCUACUGGUUCGAAUAUACACUACCGUGCACUUUGCCACAUUCCAUACGUGGCGACUGGCAAUAAAAGUGUGCAACGUCUCUACGAACAAAACAAUGAGCUGGACCGGUAUAAUCUGUUCUCACGCCUUACAAACUUCAAUGGUUAUAAGGCUUUGGAUGAUGAUUACUUCCGUGAAGAAAUCGAGUUGGAUAUGAGCGAUAAUGAAAGCUACGCUAAGAUUGAUGUGCCUGAUUUUAAGGGAGGACGGCGGGGACGUUUUAUGCACGAUUUCAAGGAGAAUCAGUCGGCGAUCAUUGAUACUGCAGCAAACCGUUGUUUCGUUAUGCCACUGGAUCGUGACACAACACUACCACCAGAGAGUUUCCUUGAUUUGGUACAAAAGAUGGGUGCGGGCUAUUACAACAUAGACACUAAUCGCGUUCGUCGCAACAUGCAUGUUGUCACGCCGCCUAUUACUGAUCUCUCAAUGAUCUCUGAGCGAAUCGUUAACGAAUGUGACCACAUGAAAGUCUAUAUGCUUGAGAAUUACGUUCCCAGAGUAUUCAAGCGCGAUGUUAAAACCCUGGCGGAUUCCGGCAAGUUCACGGCAUUCAUGGGGAAAGGUGUCGUAGAACUCAAUUUGAUAAAUAUAUGUGAUAUAGAACAGUUUGAAAAGAAGCAACAGUAAUUGGCGAUUUCAGAGAUUGCAGGCAUAGCUUGUUGUUUAGUUUAUGAUAGUAAAACUUGAUAUUAAUGCAUUUACUAUUUAGCCUAUUUAAGACGAGAUCAAUUUUUUUCAUAGGCUUGCAUAAUCCAAGACGUGAUGCAAUAACUACCUUUUUUUAGAAAGCCGUGAGUGAAAAAUAUUCGAAGUCCUCAUAAAUUUAACUGUAUUGUUCGUGGCUUUUCUUAUUGUACCCAGUUGUAUUUUGAAAAUAAAUUUUAAAUGGCAAUCAAAACUUAAAAAAAUUCGUUAUCAAAUUUGAACCACAAACAUGGUCCAAAUCUGCAAAUACUAGUUAUUGUCCAUACAGAACCAUUGUGAUCCUAAACUAAAAUGGAUUAUGGCUACGGUGACCAUUUUAACCAACG